CGCUCGGCCCCCCGACGUCAGUCUCCUCUCUUCUCGGCCAAUCACAUGGUUCUAUAUGACUGUACUUCACCCUGCCAGCCGCCUCUCGCUCAGGUAGACGGGACGUACCGGUGAAAGGUCUUCUCUGCAGUCCUGCACUCACCUUGCGUUGUCCAUCAUGGAGGUGAACGGCACAGCAGACAUCUUGGGCUCUGCGUACCUGGCGGUGGAGUACGUCGAUGCAGUGUUACCAGAAAACCCCUUUCAGCCCUCUCUGAAACACGCCUGGGGCUACAUGCUGGACAACUACACCAAGUUCCAGAUUGCCACCUGGGGGUCGCUCUUCGUUCAUGAGUUCAUCUACUUCCUGUUCUGUCUGCCUGGAUUCCUCUUCCAGUUUAUGCCCUUCAUGCAGAAAUACAAGAUCCAACAGGACAAACCAGAGACCUGGGAGAAACAGUGGAGAUGUUUCAAGAUGCUGCUGUUCAACCAUUUCUUUAUCCAGCUGCCUUUGAUCUGUGGGACUUACUAUUUCACUGAGUUCUUCAACAUCCCUUAUGACUGGGACUCCAUGCCACGCUGGCCGUAUAUCCUCGCUCAGUGCUUUGGCUGUGCCAUUGUUGAGGAUACCUGGCACUACUUCCUGCAUCGGCUGCUUCAUCACCGCAGGAUCUACAAAUACAUCCACAAAGUCCACCACGAGUUCACCGCUCCGUUCGGCAUGCAGGCAGAAUACGCUCAUCCUGCUGAGACUAUCAUCCUGGGUGCUGGUUUUUUCAUUGGCAUCAUGAUCUUCUGUAACCACGUGUUCUUCCUGUGGGCCUGGGUGUCCUUCCGCCUGCUGGAGACCAUUGAUGUCCACAGUGGCUACGACAUCCCUUGGAACCCGCUCCACCUGAUCCCCUUCUACGCCGGCACCCGUUUCCACGACUUCCACCACAUGAACUUCGUCGGGAACUACGCCUCCACCUUCACCUGGUGGGACAAGCUGCUGAAGACGGACAGCCAGUACAACAAACACAUGCAGAAAGAGGGAGACAAGAAGCAGCAGUAAACGCCCUCGUUCAUCCGUUCAUGCACACGCACGGUCUGUCGGGUGGAGGGAAGGCGAGGCGGCGAGCCGUAGAGACACGCGGCGAGAACACAAACGCUGCCGCUUCUCCUCACACCACACUUAAUGAAACACACACACACACAUACACACACACUAAAGAUAUGCUCUAACCGAAUCAGGACUGCUGUGAUUCUGAAUGGGACUGCGUGUUGACUUCAGUCCGUCUUCUGUGCCUUUCUGCAAAGGAAGUAUUGUGUGCCUCUGUCAACAGCUGCUGGCUGAAUAAAAACCAUCAACUUCCUCAUUCUGAUUUGUUGCUUUGCUCACUGAAUGAAAAAAAGAAAGAAAGAAAGAAAGAGUUGCACCAUAGGACUCUCUUGUGAAAUGCUUCCGUUUACCUCUGAAUGUCUGAGCACUUUAGCGCUUCCCCUUGAGUCGAACUGAGUCACUGAGUGACAUUGUGUUGUGGCUGCAAAUCGGUGGGAACUGUUUGGUACGAACUAAUGUCUGUUUUUGCUGGAAAGGGAUUGCCUCGUGUGGCACUUGCAGGUUGUUCAAGCCUUUUUUGUUUUUGUUUAAGACUGUAAAAAUAAAUAAAUUUUGAUUUUAUGAAAGGGAA